GCGGCCUCCCGGGACAUGUAGUCUGCCCGGCCGGGCCGGUGCAUUGGCGCCGCGUUCUCCGGCGCCGUCCGGGAACUACAGCCGGCGGCAGCCGGCGUCUGCCCGCGACGAUGGCGGCUCCCUUGGUGCUGGUGGUCCUGGUGGCCGUGACGGUCCGGGCCGUGCUCUACCGCUCCAGCCUCGCCGCCUUCAUCUCCGAGCGGGUCGAGGUGGCGUCCCCGUUAAACGCCUGGAAGCGAGUGGUCGAAGGAUUAGCUCUGCUGGAUUUAGGGGUCUCGCCGUAUUCUGGAGCUAUUUUUCAUGAGACCCCACUGAUAAUAUAUCUCUUUCACUUCCUGAUUGAAUACGCUGAAUUGGUGUUCAUGAUCACUGAUGUGCUAACUGCUGUUGCCCUUUACUUGGCCAUCCAGGACUUCAACAAAGUUGUGUUCAAAAAGCAAAAGCUCCUAAUAGAACUGGAUAAAUAUGCACCAGAUGUGGCUGAACUCAUCCGGACGCCCAUGGAAAUGCACUACAUCCCCCUCAAGGUAGCACUAUUCUAUCUGUUAAACCCCUACACUGUGAUGUCUUGUGUGGCAAAGUCCACCUGCGCUAUCAACAAUACUGUCAUUGCAUUCUUCAUUUUAGCUACAAUAAAAGGUAGUGCCUUCCUCAGUGCUGUGUUCCUGGCCUUAGCAACGUACCAGUCACUCUACCCUCUCACAUUGUUUGCUCCAGCACUCCUUUACCUUCUACAGCGUCAGUUCAUACCAAUAAAACUGAAAAGUAAAAGCUUCUGGCUCUACACCAUGCAGUAUGCAGCCCUAUACCUGUGCAGCCUGGUGGUGAUCAUCUGCCUCUCCUUCUUCCUCCUCAACUCCUGGGAUUUUAUCCCAUCUGUUUACGGGUUUAUCCUUUCUGUUCCAGAUCUGACACCCAACAUUGGCCUUUUCUGGUACUUCUUUGCAGAGAUGUUUGAACACUUUAGUCUUUUCUUCAUAUGCGUGUUUCAAAUCAAUGUGUUCUUCUACACCAUUCCCUUGGCAAUAAAGCUAAAGGAACACCCUGUGUUCUUCAUGUUCGUCCAGAUUGCGAUCAUUUCUAUCUUCAAGUCCUAUCCCACUGUGGGAGACGUUGCACUCUACAUGGCCUUCCUUCCAGUCUGGAGCCACCUUUACAGAUUCCUCCGGAACAUCUUCAUCCUGUCAUGUGUGCUCAUUGUCUGCUCCCUCCUGUUCCCCGUUCUGUGGCAUCUAUGGAUUUAUGCAGGAAGUGCCAACUCCAAUUUUUAUUACGCCAUCACGUUGACUUUCAACAUAGGGCAGAUCCUGCUCGUCUCGGAUUAUUUCUAUGCCUUCCUCCGGCGGGAGUACUACCUCACUCAUGGACUGCAUUUGACAAGGCAAGAUGGGACAGAGGCCAUGCUUGUUUUGAAAUAAGGAUUGUGCCCACCGUUCCCUGGGACACGGACCACUCUAAGGAACAUGCAGAGCUUGGGGUAUGUGGGGUGGGUGGGGAAGGUUCCCUGAAUGAGGUCUGACUUUGGGAAUGAUACCUACUGAAAGAAGGGGCUGAGGUUCUUCUGGGAAUUCUUCUGGGAAUACCCUCCUGAGCUGCGGGCUUGGUGCAGGGACUGUAAGAGCUACAAGUAGGAGCUGCAGUGCCUCCGUUGGAGCAUCUCCCUUCUUCCCUCAGCUGUGCUUUUCAAUGCGACCUCAGCCAUCACUCUGGGCAGUCCAGCAGGAACUGGAGGAAGUGUCUGAGCUAAAACCAGGGCUGAAUCUCAGGCCUAGAGAGAGUUCAGACCAUAAACUGUUUAAUCACUGCUUCUCAGAGAUGUUUGCUUCUCCUGGAAAUUUCCCCUUCACCGCUUUGACCAGUAAUGCUCCUGCUUGGCACAAGGCAAUGUCUGGGUGCCCGGUGCCUCAGCCCUGGCUGCAGAUGCCCCUUCUUGGUUCUCCUGCUGUUGUGAGAUCUGGAAAAAAUCACAUGUGCCCAGGCACCGUGGGUUCUUGUGAAACAAAUGGGUGACCAAGGACGAAUGGCCUGUGGGAAGGACAGCUGAAGCUGCUGCCACAGGUAAUAAUCUUGGCGCUCAAAACACUAGUAAGAACUGGAACUCGUACUACUCCUUGUUUGUGUAGGGUAACACAGUGUGGCAGUGCAGGGCUCACACUAUCCCCUUGUGAUCGCUUGGGCAGCCGCCUGGGUGUGGAAGGAGGAAGCUGCCUGCCCGGGCCAGGGACCAGGAGGUGUCAAAAUCUCCCCUGUAAGGCCCCAGACCAAAUCCAGAAGGAGCCUUAGCCAUCGCUGCUGUGGAGUUGUUGGGCUCCAGGUGUUCCACAGCAGCUUCACACUACAGGAUAUGCACUUCCCCGUGUUACCCUCGUGCCAGUGCAGUGGUGGUCUCUCGUGGCUGUGUGCGGAGAGCUCCGACAGAGCCCUACCCCUGGGUUCCCCCAUGGCUGCCCUCUGUGCUCAGAGCUGCUGUCCCCCUGAGUGUGACCCACCGGGGCGAAGCCACAGGCUGGCUUCUUGCUCCAUUGGUUGUGUGGUGGCAUGGGGAAGCAGUAACCACGGUGUGAAAGCCUCCAGCCAGCUUCCCCACCAAUCCCGAGAAAAAGCUGAAGAACUGGGAACGUGACGACACCGAAACCAAACAGCCUGGUACAGAGCAGCUGGGAGAUCGAUGUGCCCAGGCAGUUGUGUAAACAGCUCUUCUUUCUUUCUGGACAAUUAAAACUUUUGCCUUACUGCACUGCUGUUAGCGCUUUGGUGGGGGGGGUGGUUAAUCUGAGCCCAGCUCAGCCCCCCGCGCUCAGCCGCUCCAGCCGGGGCAGGCCGUGCAGCAGCCCUGCGCCUCCGGCCGCGGCGGGGACACGCGGAGGCAGGGCUGCUCUGGGCUGCCGGCUGCGCGGCAUGGCAAGGAGCAUAAUAAACUGUGCAAGUUUUAAA